UUCAGCUCUCUCUCUCUCUCUCCUCUCUCCCUUAGGGUUUCGUGCUCCCGACCUUCUCCCUCCGAUCUCCAUGGCCGGAAUACGAUGGCCGCCGGAAGACUCCGAUCUCCUCCCGCCCCGGCCUCCAACUACGGCCGACCUGAUCUCCGACGACGACCGCUCCGUCGCCGCCGACUCAUGGUCAAUAAAGAGCGACUACGGCAGCACGCUGGACGAUGAUCAGCGCCACGUGGACGCCUCAGAUGCGCUCUCCAUAGGCACCUUCCGUGCCGCUUCCGACUACAGUUCUGACAAGGAUGAGCCAGAUGCUGAAAUGGAAGCAUCAGUGUUGGGUUUACAAAGCUAUUGGGAUACCACAUAUGCAGGUGAACUGGCGAAUUUCCAUGAGCAUGGCCACACUGGUGAAGUUUGGUUUGGGAAUGAUGUCAUGGAGGUUGUUGCAAGCUGGACUAAAAACUUGUGUGUCGACAUUUCUCAAGGCCGUACACAGAACUUGGCUAAUGAUGAGAGUUCGAGUUCCGAGUCUGGUGAAGGGGUCAACAAAUACUUGUCCAACUGGAGCGUGCUUGACAUCGGAACAGGGAACGGUCUGCUUCUGCAAGAACUCGUAAAGCAAGGGUUCUCGGAUUUGACUGGAACUGAUUACAGUGAAGCAGCAAUUGAUCUUGCACGGAACCUUGCCGCUCGUGAUGGAUUCACCAGUAUCAACUUUUUGGUCGAUGAUGUCCUUGAGACGAAGUUGGAGAAACAAUUCCGACUCGUUAUGGAUAAGGGGACCUUGGAUGCAAUUGGACUGCACCCUGAUGGCCCUAUCAAAAGGAUCAUGUAUUGGGAGUCGCUUUCAAAGUUGAUUGCUCCUGGUGGAAUUCUGGUGAUCACAUCGUGCAACAGCACGAAAGAUGAACUGGUCCAUGAGGUGGACAGUUUUAACCAAAGGUGUGUUGGACUGCCGGAUUCAGAGCCACCCAAGGAAGAAGAAGAUUGCAGAGAGACUCCUCCGUUCCGGUACCUCAACCAUGUCCAGACGUACCCCACAUUUAUGUUCGGUGGGGUGGAAGGUUCCCGUGUUGCGACUGUUGCAUUCCAAAGGACCUGAAGGGAUGGGUUUCGGUAGUGACAUCUCUCCAGCAAUGUUUGUGGAAUUUUGGUGUGGGCCAUGAUGUAUGAGCACAUUUGUAUUUCAGAUCUAUGCUUCUUGUUUGCAUGUGGGAGCAAAGGAUUAGCAUAAGGCCGUUCAUCAGGUGGACCCUGUCAUGAAUAUGCCGUUGUUAGAGAGUCAGGCUGGUCUAGCCAUUAGAUGGACCAUACUUGUACGCCCAAAUUGGACCCUCUCUCAAUUGUCCAUUUUUAUUUUUAUUUUUCUUUUAAAUAUGUAGCCAAAAUUCAUGACUGCACAGGUCUGGCUUUCAUGCCAAAGGCCCAUUCAUGGUGUGACCCACCUGAUGAAUGGUCUAAGACUCCCUUCUUCAAUUCCAUAAAUGGAUAUUUGCUCUA